CGGACGAAGCCUUUCUCAAUCGACAUCAGACGUCGCUAGGGUUCCCGGCGCUUGCGCCAAACCAGAGUCUAUAUUAAAAUGGAGGAGAAGAGUCGGAUCGCUGAGCGAGAAGUCCAGAAGGAUGAUAAUCAAGAGAAGGAUGUCAAAAGCAAAAGCUCGAAAAAACGCGAUCGCAAGAAGAAGACCCAGCCUCCAGCGAACUCGACCUCGACGUCCGAAAAUCACAAUGAACUCGUGCCCCACGCCGGAGGCGGAGGAAUUGCCGGAGCAACGGCAACCGAAGAUGGCGAUUUGCCGGCAACGAUAAAUAUAUCGAUAAAGGAUAUAAAAUUGGCCAUGGAAGUCUUCAACAUACAGCAUAAACCUGCGAAAACUCAGGAGGAAGCCAUGCAAAAGGCUUACCAAUUUUGGAGCACUCAACCAGUGCCGAAAAUGGACGAGAAGAUAGAGAGGAACGAACCGAUCGAGCCUGACAAUCCUUCCGUGAGAGCCGAGCCUUAUUCCCUGCCAGCAGAUUUCCAAUGGGACACUCUAAAUCUCGACGAUCCGCUCGUUCUUGCCGAGCUCUAUUCCCUUCUCUCCGAAAACUACGUCGAGGACGAUGACGCCAUGUUUAGGUUCGACUACCCACCGGAUUUCUUGAAAUGGGCGCUCCAACCACCUGGCUGGUGCAAGGAAUGGCACUGCGGUGUUCGGGUCACUAAAAGUGGCCGAUUGGUUGGAUUUAUCUCGGCCAUACCAGCAACGCAGCGCGUUUACAAUCACGUACAAAAAAUGGUAGACAUCAAUUUUCUCUGCGUUCACAAGAAAUUACGAUCGAAGCGGGUAGCACCAGUUUUGAUUCGCGAGAUAACGAGGCGGGUGAAUCUACAGGGUAUAUUCCAAGCAGUAUAUACCGCGGGUGUUGUAUUACCAAAGCCCAUUGCUACGUGUCGCUAUUGGCAUCGUUCACUCAAUCCAAAGAAACUCAUUGAGAUUAAAUUUUCUCAUUUGUCGCGCAAUAUGACGAUGCAAAGGACAUUAAAGCUUUACAAAUUGCCGGAGAACACCAAAGUGCCUGGAUUCAGGAAAAUGGUGUACACGGAUGUGCCACAAGCUCAUAAAAUUUUGGGUGAAUACUUGGAAAAAUUCGAUCUCGCACCAGUCUUCACCGUAGAGGAAUUUCACCAUUGGUUUUUGCCCCAAAAUGGCAUUAUAAAUAGUUUUGUCGUUGAAAACGACGGAAAGAUAACGGAUAUGGUCAGUUAUUAUACACUACCGAGUUCCGUUAUGCAUCAUGCUACGCACAAAACACUCAAAGCAGCUUACAGUUUUUAUAACGUUUCUACCGUCACUCCAUGGGUUGAGCUCAUGACGGAUGCUUUGAUUUCGGCAAGAAACUUGGGCUUCGACGUGUUCAAUGCAUUGGACCUGAUGGAGAACAAAGAAUUCUUGGAAACGCUGAAAUUCGGAAUAGGCGACGGUAAUUUGCAGUACUACUUGUACAACUGGCGUUGUCCGAGUAUGCAACCGCACAAGAUUGGCUUGGUACUCCAGUAAAGAGAGAUAGCGAGAAAACAAGAGGAGGAAAAGAAGAAAGAAGAAACGAUGGUUGAAGAAAUGAAUGUCUCGGGAUUUUUUUUGUUUUUAAUUUGUAUUUUGCCCUCGCGUCGAUCAAGCUCGCUCGAUAGUGUUUUAGACAAUUUUUCCGUGAAGACACGAUUCGCGCUGAGUUUAUGAAAUGCGCAGAAAAACAAUACCCACGGUGACAAGGAUCGUCUUUGGCAUCGUGGCUUUUAAGAACGAUUGAACAAAAAAUAAUGGCAAUUAUACAAGACCAAAAUUCCUAUAAUUGCGUAUAUUGGAGAAAAAAAUGGAAAACCGAUUGGUGAAGGAACUCGAAACAAAUCUUAAUACGGUAAAAACACGUUGAGAAACAAAGAAAAAUGACGCAAACUUGAUGACGUGAUUGUCUUGUGAUCGAUCGUGUAUCCCAAUCGUCGUAGAUACCCCAACAAGAGUGCGAGAUUCACUCGAAACCGUUUUUGACGAACGAAAAAAGAGAGAAAGCAAAAAAUACCAAGAUAAUCCGGUUAUGAUGAUGAUAAUAAUAAUAUUUAAAAAAAUCUAAUUCAAAUUUAAUCGUUGUUUUGUUUCUCAGCCAGACUGAGAGAUAGCCAUUUCGAAAUGAUUACUCCUUCGAAUUUUAUUCUUUCCCCAACCGAUUAUCUCGUCAUCUUCCACUCAAUUUCCCAUUAAUAAACGUGCCAAGUAUUUAUUUCAUUCCCAUUUAUUUAUUCUCUACUCUUACGUUGCAACUUCAAAUAUCAUGAUGCUUUUAUUAUCAUGAGGACGAAGCUUUAAUGUGGAAAUAACAAAUAACGCAUCGAAAUAUCGAUCGAUACAAAUCAAGUUUUUUUUUUCCUAUAAAUUGUUGAGCCUCAACGUACGCGUGGGCUCUCAAAUACUCCGAACAAACUUCAGUCCAAAGUUGCAAUAUCUGAUCUUUUCAAAAUUCAUUUUCAAUUGUAUGUUAAUGAAAACGAAAAUUUCGAAAAGCAUCAUAUUCGAGUACGUACGGCAGGGAUCGCGUUCGUUUUCUUUUAAUACUCUGCGUCGAGCCACUUCCGCGGCUUUUUAUUUUUUCAAUAAACAACUCCAGCUAAGAAUCGACAAAUUCUGCAAUCAUGUUAAUCUGCAUUAAGGUGUUCCUGUAGAUACACGUAUGAACUGGAGAUUUUGACAGAAGCGUACCAACAACAAAACCAAUUCCAUCAGAUAGAAACUUUUAGAGGGCCUCGAUCAGUCCGUGCUAGAAGCGUUGUCAAACUGUCACAAUAUUAGAAUAUCUAAUGAAAUUGGUAUAAUUCGAUGUAAAAAUUCAAUUACUACAACUCCUCGCAAUACUUGAACUCAAACAAACUUCCUUCCAAAAUUUUUACUCUGAGAACCGCGUUUUCAAAUGUUUUCGAAAACUUUCAAAAAUGUAUGACGUAUUGUUCGUUGUGAGUCGAUAUUUUCGAACCCGAGCUGUCACAAAAUGGACAUUUUUUAAUUCUACGAUUGUUCUGUUUGUACGAGUGUUUUCAAUGAAUAAUCCCAAGAUCCUUCUGGCACUUGUGAUAAAAAAUUUGGGCAAAACCCUACCCGCUUGUUUCAAUACAGACGUCACGUGCAAAAAUAAAAGACCGAUUUUUCCAAUCAUCUAACAAACUACGUAGCGAAUCGAACUAAAAAUUAGGAAACCGGUUCGUGAAGGUUGGGUCUAGAUGACAUCAAAAUUUUAGAUGAUUCCUAUGAUUCGAAAAAAUCUAAGCAAAUGCCUUAGACUUCGUAUUCAUUAAAGAUUGAAAUCGUAAAAAA